CGUAACGACCUUGAACUCCUUUCACAUUGUAUACUAUCUUGUCUUCAACAACAUUUCUAGUUCUGCUCGAAUCGUUCUUGUGUUUAUUCGUCGCACAAUAAUACAUAUAUUUUUAGUCUCACAAUGCCGCUCACUUUAUAUUCCGUAUCUGACGGCCCCCCGUCGCUGGCAGUCCGACAGUGCCUCAAAGCCCUCAAUGUGGACUACAAACUGAUAAAUGUUGACUUUGGAUUAGGGGAACACAUGACCGAGGACUACGCGAAAAAAAACCCCCAAAAAGAAAUUCCAGUGCUAGAUGACGACGGAUUUUUUCUCGGAGAAAGCAACGCCAUUCUUCAAUAUUUGGCAGACAAAUAUGGUCAAGACGAUAAACUCUACCCCAAAGACUUGAAAACCCGAGCUGUCGUCAACCACAGACUCUGCUUCAACCUCUCCACGUACUACCGCUACAUUUCCGAGCACGUCAUGGCCCCCAUUUUUUUCGACUACGCUCGAACCCCCCUAUCUUUGAAAAAAGUCCACAUCGCUUUGGACAACUUCAACACGUACUUGCAACGACUGGGAAAAAAAUACGCAGCUUCAGAUAACGUAACCAUCGCCGACUUCCAACUAGUCACCGCUACCAUGUGCCUCCAAGCCAUAAAUUUCGACUUCUCGUCGUACCCUCUGGUCGCCAAAUGGUACGCCACCUACAAGUCCGAAAACCCGGACUUGUGGUCCAUCGUGGAAGGCGGCAUGAAGGAAAUCAGCGACUUUGAGAAGAACCCGCCGGACUUGAGCCACAUGACCCACCCCAUCCACCCCGUUCGAAGACAGUAAUUCGUUUUGUAUUUUCUUGGUUUAGGAAAAUAAACAUUACAUCACGUUUA